CGCUUUCAUUCGUCCCCAGCGGUGAGAUAUCUGCAUGUUGAUAUACCGUGAAAUGUCUUCAAAGUUUACUGACAAUGGCUUGCUUCUCUACCAUCAGGAUACUUUAAAUCCGCGCAUUAAAGCAGGACAUCUGCUGCUCAGUUAACAUCGAGGAUUCAAAUCAGGCGCCGCGGCUAUUAUCUUGUACUCACACGACAGGAGCACAAUAAUCACCCUCCAGUUCCAACAGGCAUAUAUUCUAUCUCACUCUCACAGAGUGAGCUGCUCGUCAUGCCUGCCAAGUACUCACAUGUGAAGAAGAGGACGACAAACCCCAAGAAAAAGGCCGCUGCCACGAUUCAGUCCGGGAAAGACAACAAUCGCCAUCAAAAGCUCCCCAAUCACCUUGACAAGACGAUUACAAAUGCCAUGUCAGCAGUCUCGCAGCUGGAGCGCGCCAUCGCGAAGAUCUUCCUGAUCCGCUUCGAGCAAGAUAUCGCGCGCCUGUUUUCAACACACAUAUUCUGUGUCGCUCUUAUUCACUUACCCACGUUCAUGAUGCGUUGUAUUACUGUCGGCGGGCCCAGCUGGGUCGCUUAUAAUGCGGACAGUGAGGAAAUUAAGGACUUCUUCCGUUCCGUCGUUAGUAUGGACUUGCGACAGGCUGGAGAACGAGUUUCGACGAAGAGCGUCUUGUGGUCUUAUACGGCUUUGAGAGAAUUUGCGCUUUCUAACAAUGUCCCUGUAUGCCGGAAGCGCGGCCUACACUCUCUUCGACUACUUCCUCACUACGACUCGCUAAAGGUGCACAUGGACUCUCUGGAUGCAAUGCCGCACGCGACAUUUACUAAACCACCGCAUCUCGGCGCCCUUACAGAAGGCUUGGAGGCCUUGGAAGAGGCAUGCGAGUUGAAGUACGGGGAAAAGUCCCCGUUAAGGUCCACCCCUCCUCCUGGAUGGGAUCAUCAGUGGCGCAUGAAAGUACGCACGGGAUAUGAAAGGCUUGCUCAAACUCUCUGGCGAGUGACCCGGGAGUUUGAUGUUAGUGGAUACGGCUGUGUGCUUCGGGAGAAGCUUACAACGAAGUGGUGCGAUUGUGGAUGUUCUACGGAUCACCUGGGCGAGGUCUGUGAAAAGACGGUACGGGAAGAUGAGGAAGGGAGUGGUGUUAGAUCCGGUAAGCAAAGAGAAUGGGAUGGGCGAGGAAGCGGCGUGUUGGGUUGGGAGACUGAAGAAGAAGAGGAUAUAUGGGAUAUCGAUCUUGAUUUUGGCGGGAGCGAUUCUGAAGAAGGGGAUGGCUUUGGGCCCGAAAUGACCAUUGCUCAAAUGAUGGAAAUCAGGUUCAUCAAGGCAGAAAGAGAGAAAGAAUUCGGUAACGCUGCGUUCCGGCGAGGCGAGUAUCAACGCGCCGUAAAACAUUACAAGGCAGCACAUUCAAUUGAACCAGAACUGCCUCAUUAUCAACUCAACCUUGCUGCGGCCCACCUAAAGCUCAGCGACUGGCUUGAAGCCGAAGAGGCAUGUACAAAAGCCCUUGGACAACAUCGAAGCAUAAAAGGUUAUUAUAGACGCUCGAAAGCGCGUCGAAUGUUGGGUAAGCUAGAUGACGCUGUGCAGGAUUUACGUGCGGCACUGAAAAUACAGCCUUCAAACAGUGAAGCGUUGGAUGAACUGCUAUCCAUUCUUCCGCCCGACGAUUCAUCUCGUUUAGCUCCUUCGUCUUCAUCUCUUGCAACGUCCUCCUCCAGUACUUCACCGGCCCCUCGAAAUGCCGGUUCACUAUAUGACCACCUGCAUUUACCCAAACUGAAGCAACCAAAACAAUUACCGUUUCCUCGGUCCAGCAAUGAUGAUAGGAAAAUUAAAGUUUCCUCGAUCCCGGUGUCCUAUGAAGUUCCGCUGAUGUCUGCUGGGAAGGCCUCGACAGAACUGAAGUCGAAGGAUGUCAAAACAAGGACAGAGUCGUUCAUCUUUCCAAGUUGGGAGAAGUACACGGUUAGGCUGGCUACUGGCUGAGUGCAUAUAACCUAUUUUUAUGGAUUGCGUGUUUUGUAUGCAGGCUUAUCUUGUUGCCACUCUAUGGGGAUCAUUCUUGGUUUUCGGCGGUAAUAUUGAUUUCAUUGUUCUACCUCUUGUCCUGUGUUUGAUCUACGUAUUCGUAUGUAGAGAUCUAUGCGUAGGGGAUGUUUUACACGGCCACUGGUGUCAUCAGUGCCCUUAUUCUCUAAUUAGCCGCCUUGAUGAGUUUUCAA